UUAUUAAUAAACACAACGCAUAUGUUAAACUAAAGCGCAAUAAAAGGAUAUUUAAAUUUGUUUUGUUUUUCAAAUGCCAAGUAAUACGUGCGCUUAGGUUAAGUCCUUGGUACAAUCAGGAAAAUAUUUUAAUUUGACUUUUAUUUUCAUUCAGCUCCUUGGCUACAAAUAAUCUUAUUGGAUUACUCGGUAUGAUAACAACGCUUUUGCUAAAGCUCUAUUUGCCUGCUGAGGUCUUUGCGAGGUACACCCACUGGGAUUGUGCUCUAAAAGUAGUAUGGCGUUUCUUUGGAUUGUAUUCGGGCUGCAUUGCUGCUGUCAUGGCUAUUGAGCGUUGGAUGGCUUUAGCACGCCCUUUCAUCUAUCACAAGCACAUAACAUAUGAACUUGUACGCAAAACAAUUCAUUCACUGAUACUCAUUGCGAUUGUUAUCACGUUUUUGCCGUUCGUCGGUUUUGGCGCCUAUAUUGAUGAAAGCAAUCCGGCAAAGCCUGUAUGUAUGCGUUACCGUGAUGCUCAGGGUUUCUGGAAUAAAUCAUAUGCUGUACUUUUUAUGAUUUUCGGAACCACGCUGUGCAUCGUAAUUGUUGCUUGUAAUUUAUUUGUUGCUCGAGUUUUAUGUGUUAUUGGACGUAGUCGUACCACCACACGUCACAUGCACUACGACAUGGUAAAUCGUGAGAAAGGCAGUCGCAUCGAUGCCGAACCUAGCAGUGGUUCAUCAUUGUACCACCAUAGUAAUAGUGUCACCAUGACGGCUGCCUCGUCCCCCGAUGAGAUUAAAUUCGCUAAAUUGAUGGCCUUUCUGAGCAUAUCCUUUGUUAUAUGCUGGAUGCCGCAAAUGAUUGCUAUACCAAUGGCUAUAUCGACAAAUCCAGUACGCAAAACGCAUCCAUUCUUUAUGUUAGCUGACUUUCUCAUGGCUCUACAUUUCACCUCAGACCCUUAUAUCUAUGUCUUAAGCCGUACCAAGCACGGUUACCUUUUGGGUUGCAUAAAACGUUGGCGCUGCAAUCUGAAACGGUCACAAAGCGACCAAAGCCGCUUACGCACCACAAUCGAACAAAAUACCACAGACUGUGGUGUAAAUUAAAACUAUGUAUAUAAGCAUUAUAUCUCAUUUUACAAUUGAAUAAUAUUUUUAAAUUAAAUUAAAUUUAAGUUUAGGUAAUAAUUGCAUUUUCCAAA